CGGCUGCGUCGCGCGGCCACGUUGUUUUGCUGUCACGAGCCUUCCGACUGUGAGUGGAAACUGGUGAAUUACAACGGACACCACAUUGAGGUCAACACUUACGACAACAAAAACAGGCAGUACCGCAGAUUUCUAUUGUUCCGUGGCAAGUUAAAACCUGCCGAGUUAUUCGGGUCAGCUGGUGAUGUUUUGCUGUUUUUGAAUGAUAUAGCUAGCCAGCUAGCUGUUGAACUAGCUUAACGGUCCGCGCGAGUCGAAGAAACUUAACAUAAUUUCCAAUCGACAUUCAUACCAACACGCCUGUCUGCUUUCAUCUCCAAGACAUCCAACUAGUAGACAUUUUUAAGCUCAACCGCUUGUUCUUCUAGGUGUUGCGCGUCACUUCCAGCCCGAGUGAAGUAAGGUUUGAAUGAAAUAACGUUAGCUUGUCAUAGCUAGCGGAAACAAGCCAGCUAACGAGGAAAGCGUUAACCUGUCUUGCUGCUGGACGCUUCCUCUCCGUCCAGUGAAUCUAGCAAAUGCUACUUGGACUAGCCGCCGUCAACAUACAGUCUGUAGUUGGGCAAGUGUUAUUUGCCGAAUUGUGAGGAGCGACUGGACGUGCAAAUUAGCUAGCUCCUUCUGAACGUUAAGUUGGCCAUCUUCCCUCCAGUCCAGCGUGAAAGGCUGUCCAGCAUCGACUUGUUUUUCCAGAGAAGGCCGGAGUGAGGAAAGGAAUCUGCAAAAAUGCCGGCUGUGUCGAAGGGAGAUGGAAUGCGCGGAUUAGCCGUUUUCAUCUCGGACAUUAGAAACUGUAAGAGCAAGGAAGCUGAAAUCAAACGGAUAAAUAAGGAGCUUGCCAACAUCCGCUCCAAGUUCAAAGGUGACAAGGCUCUGGAUGGUUACAGUAAGAAGAAAUAUGUCUGCAAGCUGCUCUUCAUCUUCCUGCUGGGCCAUGAUAUUGAUUUUGGACACAUGGAGGCAGUCAAUUUGCUUAGCUCCAACAAGUACACAGAGAAACAGAUCGGCUAUCUGUUUAUCUCAGUGCUGGUGAACAGCAACAGUGAGCUGAUUCGUUUGAUCAAUAAUGCCAUCAAGAAUGACCUGUCCAGUCGUAAUCCAACCUUCAUGUGCCUGGCACUUCACUGCAUCGCCAAUGUGGGCAGCCGGGAGAUGGCUGAGGCCUUUGCCAGUGAGAUCCCUCGCAUCUUGGUGGCUGGGGACACGAUGGACAGCGUUAAGCAGUCGGCUGCAUUGUGUUUGCUGCGCCUCUAUAAGACAUCUCCUGACUUGGUGUUAAUGGGUGAAUGGACAUCACGUGUGGUGCACCUGCUCAACGACCAACACAUGGGUGUUGUGACGGCAGCAAUCUCUCUUAUCACCUGUUUGAGCCAGAAGAAUCCAGAUGAGUUCAAGACAUGCGUUUCUUUGGCUGUGUCCCGACUCAGCCGGAUUGUGUCAUCAGCCUCAACGGAUCUGCAGGAUUAUACCUAUUAUUUUGUACCUGCCCCUUGGCUGUCCUGCAAACUGCUGCGAUUACUGCAGUGUUACCCUCCACCAGAAGAUGGUGCAGUCAAAGGCCGUCUGGUAGAGUGUCUGGAGACUAUCCUGAAUAAGGCUCAGGAGCCACCCAAAUCUAAGAAGGUGCAGCAUUCCAAUGCCAAGAACGCCAUCUUGUUUGAGGCUAUAUCACUUAUCAUCCACUAUGACAGUGAGCCAAACCUUCUGGUGCGAGCUUGCAACCAACUUGGCCAGUUCCUGCAACACAGAGAGACCAAUCUACGUUAUCUAGCUCUGGAAAGCAUGUGUACUCUGGCCAGCUCAGAGUUCUCCCACGAAGCUGUCAAGACUCACAUCGAGACCGUUAUCAAUGCACUCAAGACUGAAAGAGAUGUAAGUGUUCGACAGCGGGCGGCUGAUCUGCUUUAUGCUAUGUGUGAUCGCAGCAACGCUAAGCAGAUUGUAGCAGAGAUGCUGAGCUACCUGGAGACAGCGGACUAUUCCAUCAGAGAAGAGAUGGUGCUGAAAGUAGCCAUCCUUGCAGAGAAGUACGCUGUGGAUUACUCCUGGUAUGUAGACACAAUUCUUAACCUCAUCCGCAUUGCCGGGGACUAUGUCAGCGAAGAGGUUUGGUACCGGGUCAUUCAGAUCGUGAUCAACCGAGAUGAUGUUCAAGGCUACGCCGCCAAGACAGUCUUUGAGGCCCUGCAAGCCCCGGCAUGCCAUGAGAAUAUGGUGAAGGUUGGAGGCUACAUUCUGGGAGAAUUUGGGAAUCUGAUUGCUGGGGACCCCCGGUCCAGUCCCCUGGUCCAGUUCAACCUUCUCCACUCUAAGUUCCACCUGUGCUCUGUGCCGACCCGUGCCCUUCUUCUGUCGGCUUACAUCAAGUUUAUUAACCUGUUCCCAGAAACUAAGGCCACAAUCCAGGAGGUGUUGCGCUGCGAUAGCCAGAUCCGCAACUCAGAUGUUGAACUGCAGCAGCGAGCUGUGGAGUAUUUGAAGCUCUCUUCUAUUGCCAGCACGGAUGUCCUGGCCACUGUUUUGGAAGAGAUGCCUCCAUUCCCUGAAAGGGAGUCAUCAAUUCUCGCUAAGCUAAAGAAGAAGAAGGGGCCAGGGGCAGUUUCUGUAACUGAGCUAGAAGACAGCAAAAGAGAGAGCGGCGAGUUGAAUGGAGCAGGAGAACGGGGACCGGACCCAUCAGUCAUGGCUGCCUCUAAUGCAUCUACCCCAUCUCCAUCAGCUGACUUGCUGGGGAUUCGUUCUGCGGUUCCAGUUAGCGCUCCAGCCAGCUCAGGCAGUCUACUGGUGGAUGUUUUUUCAGAGGCGGGACCCACUGCAUCUUCUGGCGCAGUGAACGAUGACGGCUUCCUCAGAGAUCUGGAACAACCCCCUGAGACCUCCGAUCCUCUUUUGGUGGAGGGUUCUGGUGACUCGGACUCUGCUCCUCCCUCUGAGGAUCCUGCUCCUCCUUUAUCUGAAGCAGAGGAGCUUCUUAACAAGUUUGUCUGCAAGAACAAUGGGGUUCUGUUCGAAAAUCAACUUCUGCAGAUUGGCAUCAAGUCAGAGUACAGACAGAACCUAGGGAGAAUGUAUUUGUUCUAUGGUAACAAAACAUCAGUACAGUUCGCCAGCUUUACCACCACAGUGAGCUGUCCCGGAGAGCUUCAGACUCAGCUCAACGUUCAGAGCAAACCAGUGGAACCACUAGUGGAGGGUGGAGCACAAAUCCAGCAGGUCCUGAACAUCGAGUGCCUGACAGACUUCUCCGAUGCUCCACUUCUCAACAUCAAGUUCAGAUAUGGAGGAGCUCUGCAGAACCUGACUCUCAAACUGCCGGUCACCAUCAAUAAGUUCUUCCAGCCGACUGAGAUGGCCUCUCAAGACUUCUUCCAGCGCUGGAAACAGCUCAGCCAGCCUCAACAAGAAGCACAAAAGAUAUUCAAGGCCAACCACAGCAUGGAUACCGAAGUAAUCAAAGCAAAGCUGCUGGGGUUAGGAAUGGCCCUAUUGGACAAUGUUGACCCCAACCCUGAGAACUAUGUUUGUGCUGGAGUCAUCCAGACCAAGAGCCAGCAGGUCGGCUGUCUGCUAAGACUGGAGCCAAAUGCUCAGGCUCAGAUGUAUCGCCUGACUCUGCGCUGCAGCAAAGACUCCGUGUCCAAGCGUCUCUGUGAGCUGCUGGCUCAGCAGUUCUAGAGUCCAGGCCCUGACCAGUACUCCCACCGUCCCCCACCCCACCAGCGACCUCUCUCUCUACAGCACCCCUCCCACACCUGUCCUCCUGCCUCCAGCAAAGAGUCUUUAAGUUGGGGGUGGGGGAUAAAAAAAAAGGUGUAACCUACAUAAGGGAAAGUGCUGUCGCUGCCUGCAGCAAUAUUAUUGUCAUUAUCCUUGUCCCAGAUUCUGAUUCCAGUUCAUCUCUUACUUGUUUAUUAACAUGAUGCUACGAUCUAGUUUUUGUUGGUUUACUUGUGUAGCUGGUGUGUGUAUGGCCACGAGUGUGAAAGACAGUGUGUGUGUUUGUGUGUCCUGUGGUUGGGCUGGGGUUCUCAUUCUGCUCAUCCUGGCCGCUUUGGAAAAGAUAUGUGCAACAUUCCUUGAAGACAAGUGGGAGUAGCUAUUAAUGGCACACCCAUUCACUACUACACCCAACUUGCACACGCUAUUCCCUGCGGUCAAAGCUGCAAAAGGAAAAUUGAGCAUUCCUGCCAAAAAAAUAAAUAAAAAAUGCACUUAACGUGUUGGGAUCCUCCUGUUCAUUCCUUUCACCCAGCCCCGCUCGGAGUUAACCCUUCAUUUCAGUGAGCUUGUGCACUUGUUCUUAUCGUGUAUGUAAAUAUGUGCCAGUGAAUCACUUUAUUUUUGGACACAUUCCCUUUGUUUGCUGAAGGUUAAUAGAACGGACACUAGAUUGCAGAGAUAAGACGGUCCCAUUCACCUUACAGCUCAAGGAGGCAGAGAGGAAGUUUAUUGCCCCCAUCUCAUCACUGCUGUCUUAAAUCUUGUAGAGCUGGAGCUUUAUUUUAGAGAGAGAAAAAAAAAAUUCUCCCGUUUGUGUUUUUGCGUUUGCAGGAGAAAUGUGUGCAGACCAGGGAGAGGUGAGGUCUCGUUUUACUCCUGCUUGUGGCUGUGACACGUUGUUGAAUGAAAUGUGGAUUACUACUCAAACAUUUACAUGGAGGAUAUUUUUUGUUUUUAAACAAAGCCUUGUGUUGGCAGCCCAGUGUAGUUAGAAAGUUGAGGCUCAUUUACAUUUCCACAAGUCCAUAUUUCUGCUGAUCAGUGAAUCCUGCUCAGAUGGAUUUCUGCUGUUUUAAUGGGAUGUGGAACCAACCACUACAAUAAAUCUUUGUGAAGUUUAGAUUGCUUUAUCAGCUCUGCUCCGGGAUUCCCGUCACUUUGAAGCACUGAUGUUGUGGAGAGGACAGGAUGUGAGACACCCCAAAGUCCUUUCCAGCUACAGGGGAGUUGGUGUGAGUGUGAGUGUGAAUGGUUGUAUGUGAUAGUAAACAGGGGGAGGGGGGCCUAAAGACAUUUCUAACACAUGGUCGCAUUACAUUCUGUGACUGCUCAGCAGUUGUGGGACAUUGAACUUUGUAGUGGAAAAUUUAGUCAUUUUCGUGAGUGUGUGUAAGUGAGUUUGUGUGUGUGUGUCUAUGCAGUAUCCACUAGCUAAUGCAGCCUCAUGUAUCGGUGUUAAGAAGCUGUCCAAUACCUGUGUUUAGACUUAAGAUUUACUCUGUAAUGGAAAAAUGUGAAGUAAAACUAUGCCAUAUAUCUGAC